UGGCUACCUGUUCGAAAUUUCACUAUUUUCCAUCAACAAAUGACCGAUUUGAGCAGAACAGAAGCCGAUUGAGGCCCCAACUCAAGUGCUAUCUCCUCAGCUAUGAAUUGCUGAUUGAGGAAACAUUACUAGGUUCUGAGUGUAGAUAGGAAAGUACCCUACAUUUUUAAGAAGUCACCUCUGUUAAAAGUUAUAUUGUUAGCAUUUCACAUCAAAUUCAUUAGGCUACAGAGAGCCAAGAAAACAGAUUUCACCCAUGCAAACUGUUUAUAUACUCAAAACUUUCCUGUCCUGUCCGUCAGGACACUUAAAAUGUCAUCUUAACUUGUCUGUGAAUUCAAACAUUACAAAAGUUACAGGUUUGAUCUGUAGAGGUACAAUAUGUAUUAAGGAACAUUUUUCUUGUGGAAUUGAGUAUGUCCAGUGGCUGGCAAGACCAGUGCCCAGUUGUAUGUUGUGGAGGUUACCCAGCUUUGGCAAGGACAUUCAGGAUGGGACUAAUAAAAGUUUUGUGGUUGACGGGGAAAGUUACCACAUUAGUGACAAUCACACUGAAAAAGCUUUCCGCAUCUCCAUUCAUUCAUGUCCCACAUUCUUUUGUCAGACCAAAAUGGCCCUUUUGCAGAACGGCUAAAGUAUACUGUCGUUACUACGGAGAUGUAACGUUUUUUUUGUUUCAGGUUGCAGGCUUGCCAUCUUUUGUCAAAGUGGUUGAAGUGGGACCAAGAGAUGGGCUCCAAAACGAAAAGGAAAUGGUUCCAACAAAAGUGAAAGUAGAAUUUAUCAACAAGCUGUCACAGGCUGGAUUACCAGUGAUUGAAGCAACUAGUUUUGUGUCCCCAAAGUGGGUGCCUCAGAUGGCCGACCACACAGAAGUAUUGGAGGCGAUAGAGAGGCGUUCUGGAGUCACAUACACGGUACUCACACCAAACCUCAAAGGCUUCCAGAGUGCUGUGAAAGCUGGAGCAGACGAGGUUGCCAUAUUUGGGGCAGCUUCGGAAAGUUUUAGCAGGAAAAAUAUCAACUGUAGCAUAGAUGAGAGUUUAAAAAGAUUCGAAGAGGUAACAAGAGCAGCUAAAGAUUCUGGUGUCAAAGUCAGAGGGUAUGUGUCCUGUGUGUUGGGCUGCCCGUAUGAAGGUGACAUCAAGCCUGAUAAAGUGGCUCAGGUUGCACGACAGCUGUACGACAUGGGGUGUUACGAGGUGUCCCUGGGGGACACGGUGGGGGUUGGCACCCCCGGGGCCAUGAGGGAGAUGUUGUCUGUAGUAUCUAAGCAAGUCCCCGUGGAGCACCUGGCUGUACAUUGUCAUGAUACCUACGGCCAGGCAUUAGCUAACAUCUUUGCCGCUCUACAGAUGGGUGUAAGUGUGGUGGAUAGCUCAGUGUCGGGGCUAGGCGGGUGCCCAUAUGCCAAGGGCGCCAGCGGGAACGUGGCCACGGAAGAUGUAGUGUACAUGUUACAUGGACUUGCGAUUAAAACAGGUAUCAAUAUUCAGAAGCUAAUAGACGCUGGGAAUUUUAUCUCACACGCUCUUGGCAGGAACACGAAUUCCAAAGUGGCACAAGCGACCAAAUCUGUUUUAUGAGACCCAGUCUAGAUUACUAUUAAUUUUGAACAGUUAAUUACAUGUAGGGCUUCAUUGCUCACAGACUGUUCCUAAUUUUGAGCAUCUAGGUUUACAGAUUCAAAAAUAUAUUCUCUUGUGGAAAUACAUUUAUGUUAAGGCCGUCAUUAAAAAAAUGUUUGUUGGGCGUAUCUGAUCAUUCCUCAGAAAAAGUGGGCCUUACCCUAUGUUUUUAGUGGGAUUUUGCUAUUUUUUUUUCUCUUAAAAUUGAUGUCUUUACAAUCUCAGCCCAUAUUUUUCAUUAGCUAGA